AAACAACGGUCUUCAAAUUUUUUCCUGUAGAGCCGGCUGCAGCUUCUAGAGCCGGCUGCAGCUUCUAGAGCCGGCUCUCUGCACUUCCAUUUCACCACAGCCGGCUGCACUUUACAAGAGCCGGCUCUCUGCACAUUGAAUCCUUUUGGUCUAUUUUUAGUGCCAUCCAAGUUUACUUGCAAUCUUUUAGCAACUUAACUACACACUUAAAUAAACCAAUUAGUCAUUCAAAUGUGUUUUGUAAUCAUCAAAAUCAUAGGUGUGAGUAAUGUUGCUAAUGCUGAUGUACCAAUGGCAAAUAAUGCUACUGAGUUGCGCAACAAUGAUGGUGAAGGUGGGAAUCUUGGAAGGAAAAGAAAGGAUAUACAAAAAAGGUCAAAGGCAUGGCUAUACUUCACUUCAUUUGAUGAUCUAGUUACUGAUACAAUGAAGAAAUUGGGAACUGCUAUUCUUGGUGGGAAAGAUAUUCACAUGAGAUGUGUAGCCCACAUCAUAAACUUGGCUAUUGGUGAGGGUACCAAAGAUAAAGAAAUGAACAAGUCUGUGACUGCCAUUAAAGUUGUAGUCAAGUAGUUAGGCAAAGUCCUAUGAGAGUUUGUACUUUAGUAACAGCUUGUGAUGCAAUGUAGCUACUUGAUGAAAUAUAUGAUAUUUCUAAUUCCAAUUAGAACUUUGUUAUUGGUUCCUUUUCUAUUGUUUUAUGUUUUAUUUUUGGACAUUAUGUGAUUAGUUAUCAUGUUCUAAGUUGGAAGUGAAUAUGUUUAUGUUGAGUGCAUUGUUUUCUUGUUUCUCUUGGAUUGAUUGAUGGAGUUUUGUUUCAAGUUUGGAUAGGUAAAUUGGUUUUUAAUUUGCUAAGUCCUAAAUACAUUUUAUUGCUAUUA